AUGGACCCGUUUACGGAGAAACUGCUUGAGCGAACCCGUGCCAGGCGAGAGAAUCUUCAGAGAAAAAUGGCUGAGAGGCCUACAGCAGCUGCAAGGUCUAUAACUCAUGCUAAGCGAACCAGAGAGCCGCUUUCGGAAGCAAGUAACCAGCAGCCCCUGUCUGGUGGUGAAGAAAAAUCUUGUACAAAACCAUCACCGUCAAAGAAACGCUGUUCUGACAACACUGAAGUAGAAGUUUCUAACUUGGAAAAUAAACAACCAAUUGAGUCAACUUCUACAAAAUCUUGUUCUCCAAGUCCUGUGUCUCCUCAGGUGGAGCCACAGGCAGCAGAAGUGGUUAGUGACUCUACUGCAGCCCCAGCAUCGCUGCUGGGCGUCAGGAGAGGGCCGAACUCAAGAUUAGAAGCAACCGCAGCCUCCUCAGUUAAAACACGUAUGCAGAAACUUGCAGAGCAACGGCGCCAUUGGGAUAAUAAUGAUAUGACAGAUAAUACUACCGAAAGCUCACUCUUCUCACCAAUGCCAUCGGAGGAAAAGGCUGCCUCCCCUCCCAAACCAACCCUUUCAGAUGCCUCAGCAACUCCAGUUGGGAGAAAGGCCCGUCUGGCCAACCUUGCUGCAACUAUUUGCUCCUGGGAAGAUGAUGUAAAUCACUCAUCUGCAAAGCAAAACAGUGUACAAGAACAGCCUGGUACCACUUGUUUAUCCAAAUUUUCCUCUGCAAGUGGAGCAUCUGCUAGGAUCAAUAGCAGCAGUGUUAAGCAGGAAGCUACAUGCUGUUCCCAAAGGGAUGGCGAUGCCUCUUUGAAUAAAGCCUCAUCCUCCAGCACUGCUGAUGCAUCUUUGGUUAAUGCCUCAAUUUCCAGCUCUGUGAAAGGUACUUCUUCCCCAGUGAAAUCUACUACAUACAUCACUGAUGCUAAAAAUUGUGAGGUAGAAAAUCCUGAGUUACUUCAAAAAACUCCUGGUAGUCCUCUGAAAACAGAGGUAUCAAAACCAGUCGUGAAGUCAACUGUAUCCCAGACAGUUCGGUCCAAAGAACUAAACAGAGAAAUUUGUCUGCAGUCUCAACCUAAAGACAAAUCUACAACACCAGGAGGAGCAGGAAUUAAGCCUUUCCUGGAACGCUUUGGAGAGCGUUGUCAAGACCUUAGCAAAGAAAGUCCAGCCCGCAGCACACCCCAUAGAACCCCCAUUAUCACUCCAAAUACAAAGGCCAUCCGAGAAAGAUUAUUCAAGCAAAACACAUCUUCAUCUACUACCCAUUUAGCACAACAGCUCAAGCAGGAACGUGAAAAAGAACUAGCAUGUCUUCGUGGCCGAUUUGACAAAGGCAAUUUAUGGAGUGCAGAAAAAGGCAGAAACUCAAGAAGCAAACAACCAGAAACCAAACAGGAAAUUCACUGUCAGGACAUCCCUCUCAAAAAACAUCAAGUUGUUUCAAAUAAUCAGUCACUUCCAAUAACAGAAAAGGUGACAGAAAGUCAGACACCAACAAAAACUUCCAGUACAGAACCUACAGGUUUCACUGAAUGCAAAAUGACAAAGUCUAGCCCUUUCAAAAUAACAUUGUUUUUAGAAGAGGAAAAGUCUUUAAAAGUAACAUCUGACCCGAAGAUUGAACAGCAGAUUGAAGUGGUACGUGAAAUUGAGAUGAGUGUGGAUGACGAUGAUAUCAAUAGUUCGAAAGUAAUUAAUGACAUCUUCAGUGAUGUCCUAGAGGAAGAUGAACUAGACGUGGAAAAGAGCCAAGAGGAGAUGGAUCAAGCAGAAGUAGAAAGCAGUGAAGACCAGGAAGAUGCUUUGAACAUCUCCUCAAUGUCUUUACUUGCUCCAUUAGCACAGACAGUUGGUGUGGUAAGUCCAGAGAGAACACUUUUGAUUGACGAGCUGAAUAAAUUGAAGAGUGAAGGACCUCAGAGGAAGAAUAAUGCUGGGGCCAUAUCCAAAAGUGAAUUCGUCCCAUCCAAAGGAUCAGUUACUUUGUCAGAAAUUCGCUUGCCUCUAAAAGCAGAUUUUGUCUGCAGUACAGUUCAGAAACCAGAUGCAGCAAAUUACUAUUACUUAAUUAUUCUAAAAGCAGGAGCUGAAAAUAUGGUAGCCACACCAUUAGCAAGUACUUCAAAUUCUCUUAAUGGUGAUGCUCUGACAUUCACUACUACAUUUACUCUGUAAGUAAAUUAGGCUUUUGAUGGUUCAAAUACAUUUUUCUGUAUUAAUAGUAGAGUUGAUAUACAGGUGAUUGUUCGGAAGGAAGAUGUUACUUCAAAAUUGGAUGAAAAAAAGAAUGCUUUUCCUUGUCAAGCUAUUACUCCAAAGCGACUCCUCACAUCUAUGAGCACAAAAAGCAACAUUCAUUCUUCAGUUAUGGCCAGUCCAGGAGGUCUCAAUGCUGUGCGUACCAGCAACUUUGCCCUUGUUGGAUCUUACACCCUGUCAUUAUCUUCAGUAGGAAACACUAAGUUUGUUCUGGACAAGGUGCCCUUUUUAUCUCCUUUAGAAGGUCAUAUUUAUUUAAAAAUAAAAUGUCAAGUGAAUUCCAGUGUUGAAGAAAGAGGUUUUCUAACCAUAUUUGAAGAUGUUAGUGGUUUUGGUGCCUGGCAUCGAAGAUGGUGUGUUCUUUCUGGAAACUGCAUCUCUUAUUGGACUUACCCAGAUGAUGAAAAGCGAAAGAAUCCCAUAGGAAGGAUAAAUCUGGCCAAUUGUACCAGCCAUCAGAUAGAACCAGCCAACAGAGAAUUUUGUGCAAGACGCAACACUUUUGAAUUAAUUACCGUCCGACCACAGAGAGAAGAUGACCGAGAGACUCUUGUCAGCCAAUGCAGGGAUACACUCUGUGUCACCAAGAACUGGCUGUCUGCAGAUACUAAAGAAGAGCGGGAUCUCUGGAUGCAAAAGCUCAAUCAAGUUCUUGUUGAUAUUCGCCUUUGGCAACCUGAUGCUUGCUACAAACCCAUCGGAAAGCCUUGA